AUGACCAACACCCGACAGAGUGGUCGGCAACAGCAUCUCUCUCCGGAACAACACGAACGAGAGGACAUCCAUCAACCACUGAACAACCUUGUCGAUGAACAUCGGACAAAUCAGUCGGUACUUCAACGUGCGCUAAUGGCACAACAGCAUCGUAUUGGGAGAAUUACGACACCUAGAGAUGUGGACUUCACGGAGCAGGAGUCGGGGACCCCCGAUACAUUGGGAGCGGCACGCCUAUCGACACAGAACCAUCUUCAGGCAACGAUGACACUGAGAAAAAACGUGAGCAACACAGCGGGCAAGCGUCCUCAUAACCAUCCCAGAGGGGUGAGACGAAGCCGAAGUCGAGACAGCGGUACCCCAGAACAACUGACGAGUCUCCUCCGGCGACAACAAUCACUGCUAGAGAAGUAUUAUCGACGACUGCAACGUCUACAACGUACUACCACACCUCCGAUACCAGACAACUUGGAGUUUCGCAUCAGAGAGGCAGACCAGCCUCGACACGGGUUAGGUUAUACAUCGUCGGACCAGGAGGGGAGGUAG